ACGAAGCGACAGGACCUACGCUGUUUGGGUGCCUUGUUUUCGUUUCAAUUACCAUCAAUUUGAUAGAGUUGUGAGCUGGACAGCUCAGCUAGCAGACCGGUAACUUUCUUUUAAGGGGACGGACCCCCCCCACCCAGGUUGUAGAUGGACUACGGGAAGGAGAGAGUGGUGGCGUUAGUCGACAUGGACUGUUUUUAUGUCCAGGUUGAACAGCGACUGAAUCCAGCUCUGAAGAACACACCUUGCGUGGUUGCUCAAUACAAGACGUGGAAGGGAGGCAGUAUCAUAGCUGUGAGCUAUGAGGCUAGGGCCCACGGUGUCACCAGGAACAUGUGGGUGGAUGAUGCCAAAAAGCUGUGCCCAGAUCUCCAGGUGGCCAGAGUGCGUGAGUCUCAUGGGAAGGCAGAUCUAACUCAUUACAGAGAAGCAAGUGUGGAGGUGAUCGAGGUGAUGUCUCGUUUUGCUGUGAUUGAGAGGGCCAGCAUUGAUGAGGCCUACAUGGACUUGACAGCAGCUGUCCAGGAGAGGAGGAAAAAAAUGACAGAUCAACAGAUUGACCCGUCCCUUCUCAGGACUACCUAUAUUCAAGGCUAUCCACAAAGUGACCUGGAACCAUUUAUGGGGGACGACUCCAACCAAGUUGAUGACCCUGUCUUGAAUAAAGAGCAGAGAAGAUCCAGAGGGGUUGAGCAGUGGUUGGCGUCCUUACCUGCUCCGUCCACAGGAGGGCAGAGCUCGGCAGAGCUGCAGCUAACCGUAGGUGCGCUCAUUGUUGAAGAAAUGAGAGCAGCUGUUGAGAAACACACAGGCUUCCGAUGCUCAGCAGGAAUAUCACACAACAAGGUUUUGGCUAAACUGGCCUGCGGUCUUAACAAACCUAACAGACAAACGGUUGUACCUUUGGACUCGGUGACUGAACUGUUUAGCACUCUGCCUAUCGAAAAGAUCCGUAACCUGGGGGGCAAGAUGGGUGCGUCAAUAAAAGAAGCUCUGGGAGUUGACAACAUGGGAGACCUCACUCAGUUUUCUCAAGCUCAGCUGGGGCAGCACUUUGGAGAAAAAACAGGCCAGUGGCUGUAUGACCUGUGUCGGGGGAUUGAGUUUGAAGCUGUGAAACCCAGACAGCUCCCUAAAUCCAUCGGCUGCAGUAAGAACUUCCCUGGAAAAACAUCACUUGCUACAAAAGAGCAGGUGCAGUAUUGGCUUCAUCAACUGGCCCUUGAGUUGGAGGAGAGACUGACCAAAGACAGAGAAGCUAACGGUCGAGUGGCAAAAUUAUUGACAGUAGGCGUACGUCAGCUUGGUGAUAAGAGGCCCAGCAGCUUCUCUCGAUGUUGCGCUUUGGUGCGCUAUGAGGCGACCAAAAUAUCCAGUGACAGCUUUGCCAUUAUCAAGAGUCUAAACACAGCAGGAAACCAUCAGGCUGCAUGGACGCCGCCUCUAACUUUGCUCCACAUCUCGGCUAGUAAAUUCAGCGAUGCUCCAUCCACUGGGGGGAUCGCUGGCUUUCUGUCCAGUGAUGUCAGCUCAACUCAGAGCCUGCUCUCUGCUACUCAGACCCCCUCUCAACCACAGGGGUCUUUGUGCAGUCAGCCUGGAACUAUACAGUCCUUCUUUCAAAAAGCCACUGGGAAGGAAAAACAAGCUAGAGAGGAUAAAGAAGAAGACAAUAACUGUGAAAGCUCAAAAGAGGGAUCUUCCCCUGAGAGUACUUUAAACCUCAAAAUCAUUUUGGAGAAACCCCGUUCUGGCAUAUCUUCAUUCUUUCAAAAGAAGAGCCUCGAAAGAAGCUUUAAAUCACCUGCCUUACCGCCAACGUCUGAAUCAGAACCUGAAAUCAUACCUUUAGACCACAAUAAAGACUUAGAAGCUGUCACAGAGUAUAAACCACAUCAGCUACAAUUUGACGAUGCAAGGAUGAAAACAGAGAAACCAGAAGAAAAUACCCAACCUACCAGCGUGCUUGAAGAAGAUCUUACAACUUGUGAACGUUGUCAUAAACAAGUACUAGUCUGGGAAAUGCCUGAACACAAUGAUUAUCACUUUGCCUUGGACCUUCAAAAUUCACUGUCUUCAUCCAGUAAUUCAGUAGCUUCCUCUUCCACCUCCUCCUCUUUGUCAGAUGCGUUGCUGACUCCUCUUAGAGCAGGAGUCUCAGCACAGUCUUCACGGGGCAAAACAAAAACCAGAGGCCAGUCAGGCCCUGCUCCAAAAAGACAGCGCUCCCAAGGACAAAGUACCGGCACUCUGGAUUCAUUUUUUAAAAAGAACUGAAGACAUAAAUGGACCAAAAUUAAUUAAAAAUAUUCAAGUAAUUGAGCUACAAAAUGCAUGUAUAAAGAACCAGUCCAGCAGAAUGACUCAUGCAUUAAAGGAAUAAGUUUGGAGUAAAGAAAUGAUUUAUUCUGGAUCAUGUUUUUAUUUUUGUAAAAAAUAAAAAAAUUUAAUUGCUUUUAAGAAAUCAUUUUGUCACAUAAGAGCAGUAGUGGGUUAAUUUAACUCAAAAGAGAUUGUUUUUCUUUUUUAAUGCAACUGAAAUUUAAAUUGAAAUGAGCCUGCUGAAGCAUUCAGACAACAGUGAAUAAGGCUGCUGUAGAAACAAAGCUAAUCAGGCCUAAACAGGGCUAGUUUUUAGUGAUAAGGGCUUCAAGUACAACCUGCUGUCAUGUCUUAUCCAUAACAAACUGGAAAACCUUAUCUGUCAUCACCAACUUUGUAAAAAAAAAAAACACAAGUCUAUGAAUGUUGUAAACCUAUAAGUAAAGUAAAAUAUGAAGACUUAACUAUAUAAAUUAGCCAAGUGAUUAGUUAUUUUUUGGAACAAAGAACCCUUUUUAACAAAGCAUUUAGCACCAGGGAAAGUAAUAAUACAUUUAAAGACCUAGAGAAGAUUCUU